UCGAGUCUUGUGAUUGAGAAAAUUUCGUCAAAAUAGUUGAAAAAUUUUAAAAUUAAGCCUUCGAGAGCCUUUGAUAUUCGGGAAAAAUGACUGCUCACGUGCAAGAGUUGAUGUCGUCGCUGCCCGACGAGAAGAUUGAUAUGAUUGCAGCGACGAGCGUUUUGCAGCAACAAGCCUCCGAAAUCCGUCAAAACAAGAUCAACUGGCAAUCCUAUAUGCAAUCGCAAAUGAUCAAUAGCGAGGAUUAUGCAGCAAUUAGUGCGUUGGACAGUGACAAGCGUGGGCAAUAUUUGCAAACGAAUGCUCCACAAAGUGCAAAAACCUUCCUCAACUUGUUGUCACACGUCUCCAAGGACCAGACAAUCCAAUAUAUUUUGGUCAUGAUUGAUGAUUUGUUGCAGGAGGACCGUACUCGCGUCGAAAUCUUCUACGAACAUGCAGCACGGAAAAAGGAAAGCAUUUAUGCUCCCUUCCUCACUUUGCUGAAUCGCUCGGAUGGCUUUAUCGUGAAUAUGGCAGCUCGCAUCCUCGCGAAAUUGGCAUGUUGGGGUCGCGAAACGAUGCCCAAGUCCGAUUUGAACUUUUAUUUGCAGUGGUUGAAGGAACAGCUGACCAAUAAUGCGAAAUUGUACGAAAAAGAAGUUGCCGAAGCGUAUGAGAAGCGAGCUGCGGAAAUUGCAGCUUUGCACCAUAGUCAUCAUCAUCAUCACGGGCACCAUGGACUCCAUUUGGGUCUCGGGCACAGCAAAAAUGAGUUCCAUCCGCAUCAGCAGGGCGCCGCGCCGCAUCACCAUCAAAAGUAUCGCGAAAUUGACAGCGAAACGACGGGACAUCGUCAUCCGCCGAGUGUCGAGGCACAUCAUGUAAUGGAUUUUCAAUAUUUAACAAUUAUGAGUAACGAGUACAUGCAAUCCGUGGGCCGUUGCCUCCAAAUGAUGCUCCGUAACGACGAUUAUCGUUUCGCAUUUGUCUCCGUCGACGGCAUCAGUACACUUAUCAGUAUUUUGUCGUCGCACGUCAACUUCCAAGUGCAAUAUCAACUGGUUUUCUGCUUGUGGGUACUUACGUUCAAUCCCUUGCUUGCCGAGAAGAUGAACAAAUUCAACGUGAUUCCCAUUUUGGCGGAUAUUUUGAGUGAUUGUGCCAAGGAGAAGGUCACUCGUAUCAUUUUGGCGGUUUUCCGUAACUUAAUUGAGAAGCCGGAGGAUGCCCAAGUGUCGAAGGAACAUUGCAUCGCCAUGGUACAGUGCAAAGUUUUGAAACAGCUGUCCAUUUUGGAGCAACGUCGCUUCGAUGAUGAGGAUAUCACGGGAGAUGUUGAAUUUUUGACGGAGAAAUUGCAGAAUUCUGUCCAGGAUUUGAGCUCGUUCGACGAAUAUGCGACAGAAGUGAAGAGUGCUCGCUUGGAAUGGUCUCCCGUACACAAAUCCGCCAAAUUCUGGCGUGAAAAUGCACAACGCUUGAACGAGAAGAACUACGAAUUGUUGCGUAUUUUGGUCCAUUUGCUUGAGACAUCCAAUGACCCGCUUGUUUUGGCUGUUGCCAGUUUCGACAUUGGAGAAUACGUUCGUCACUAUCCACGCGGCAAAAAUGUCAUCGAACAACUCGGUGGCAAGCAACUCGUCAUGCAAUUGUUGUCGCACGAAGAUCCGAAUGUCCGUUACGAGGCUUUGCUUGCCGUGCAAAAGUUAAUGGUGCACAACUGGGAGUACUUGGGCAAACAAUUGGAGAAGGAAACCGAAACGAAACCCUCUGGACCAGCAGCGAUCAGCGGAAAAGCCUAAAAUGGACCUGCAAAAGUUGUUAAAAAAUCAAAUUAUAUAGUUAUAUUGUACAUAUUUUCGUUUUGAGUCGCUUAAAGAAAAAUUUAUUAAGAACAAAAAAAAAUGUUGAGACGAUUUAAAUUGGAAAAGGCAUUCCUGUAGAUGUUAUUCGAAAUAUGGUUGGUGUUAAUCUUAUAAUUGAAGCAUGAAGUUUAUUGUAUUCGAUAUCUUAUCCAAACUUAUUUAGAUUCUCUAGACCGUAUUACUACAAAAUAUUAUAAAUAAUAAAGAAAAUGAUGAUGAAACAAAAAACAAUAAAUUAAUGUGAGUCUAAUAAAAUAUAUCACGUAA